AUGUCCGAUAAAGAUGCAACUGAACCGACAAGUUAUUCCAGUUCUCCAAUUUCAGAUAGCUGUUUAUCUAUAGGCCAUGAUAGUUUAUCUGAGGACAGACUAGUUUAUCUGAGGUUUUGUCUCCCAGAUCAAGUGAACACAAAUAUUGAACUGGAAAAUUUGUCAACACACCCAGUUGAAACACAGUCAUUUUCUGCAGUACCCUCAAAUACCGAACUGUUGGAUCUGCUUCAAAGUGCAAAUGAGGGUAGAGCUUUGUUGGCAACUUUCCAACAGAGUGGGCUAUUGAACAGUAUUGGCCGCAAGCGUUUGUGCAACAUCAUAAUUAACAAAGAACUGCGAGAUGAUGUUUACAGACGUGUUCCGACUUCCAGGUUGCAAGAAUUAGCGUUUCAGAUCACUACCAUAUUUCCUAAAGAACAUUCUGCUACAUAUUUUAUUCCAUAUAUAUUGUAUGGUCCAGGAUUAAAAAGAUCGGCAAAAGGGAAACUUCUCGAUUGCCUGUACAACAGAACAAGAGAAUAUCGGAAGUCUGGACUCAUAAACUCAUCUAGAUGUAGUUCUACAUUGUCAUCAUCUUCUGGCCGUUCAUCUCCGAUCACAGUACGUCUAUUAAACGACAGAGAAGAAAAUGAUGCAAUAACGGUUGAAGAAAAUUUGAAGUGGCUGCGUAAUUCCAGUGAUCCGUGGGAUCUUGUUGAAAGACACUGGAGUGCUACUACCAAUACUCGUUUAAAAAAACUUAUGUCUAAAGAUGGACAAACCAUAUCAGAAUAUAUGUCUGAGUAUCCAUCUUUAAAGAAACCUACAGGCUAUUUACCUAUUUUAAAAGAUUUUGACGUUACACAUCCAGAAUCAAGUGAUAAAUUAUUUCAAAAUUUACCAUUGUUUAAGAAUAGGAUUUUCAAACUAGCUGAAGAAAAAAUCAAGAAAUCCAAAGAGUUGACAACGAAUGAUCUUUUAAAGGAAUACAUCCAGUUAGGAACUGAAGAAAACGAAGGAUCAUUUAUUGCAGCUUUUUUGUGUCUUCCUUUUCUUAUUGGUGUGUCGAUUACUAAAGGAAAAAGAACCAAAACCCAAUGGAAGCCAUCAAAAGUGGAAAUGAGGGAUGGAUUUAUUACUCAUUUGUUAAGUAAUGCUGAAGUAGAAGAAACUAUUUCCAGAAGAAGGGAGAAAUUGAAUGAUGUGUCUGAAACCGGUAUAAAAGAUAAAUGCGUUUGGUUUGAUGUAAAUAAUUUUAGUUUAUUCGAUCAAGUAGGAGUUGAUGUCAUGCACGAUAUGCUUGAAGGUUGUUCUAAAUACAUCAUGAAGUUUAUUUUACUGUAUUAUACUAAGGAGUUAAAACUUUUUAGUUUACAAGUAUUGAAUGAUCGAAUUAAUGGUUUUGAUUUUGGGCCCGAAAACAAUAAACCUUGCUCACUUACUUUAGACAACAUUAAUCAAGGGAAUAUUAAGCAAUCCGCUUCUGAGAUGUUGACAUUAAUUAGAUACUUUGGUUUAUUGGUUGGUGACUUUAUACCACCAGAAGAACCCGUUUGGGAACUUUAUAUAGUUAUGCGUAGGGUUAUGGAUAUUUUAAUGUCAACAUCGCUCACAAUAGACAGUUGUUCAAUGCUACAAACCUUGGUAGCAGAAAUGAAUGAACUCUACUUAAGUUACAGUAAUAGUCAUCUUAAACCAAAGUUCCAUUUUUUAACCCAUUAUCAUUCUAUGGUCAGAAAAUUGAGUCCUGUCAUAAGCUUUUGGUCCAUGCGAUAUGAAGCAAAACAUAGGAUAUCAAAAAUUUCGGCUAAAUCAUCAUUCAAUAGAAGAAAUAUUUGCAUGACUUUGGCAAUAAGGCACCAACUUCAUUUGAAUGAAAUGUUUACUAAAGGUAAAUUAAAUAAAUCAGUUAUUGUAGGACCACAAAAAGAAAUAGAUUCUAUUAAAGCCUGUCUAAUUCAAACUGAACUAAAUCUUGAUACCGUUGAAACGUUAAUAAGAGUUAAAUGGGCUGAAGUAAAGGGAACACGUUAUAAACCAAAAACUAUUUUGACAUUAGAUAUUAUGAACGAUAACAACCCAAAUUUUGUUAUUGUAAAAGAUAUUUUUCUUUAUGGACCGAAUAGGGUAAUUUUUGAGUGCAGUAAAUUUACAACAAUUGGUUUUGAUGAACAUGUUUUUUGCUAUGAAGUAACAUCACCGGAAAUAAAUUAUUUAUGUUUUAUAUUCCAAGAUUUAUUGAUAUCACCUAUUCCUAACACUAUAAAUGUUGUCUCAAAUGGAAUAUAUUAUAUUACUGUAAGAAGUCCUUUGUAAAUAAUA